AUGUUCAACCCGACCAUCCCAGUCCAUCCCAGCAUGCGGCUCAUUCCACGUGCGCUGCAACCUGUGUGUGCGCAGGCAGGCACACACACGACCGUCGUGUCGUUCGACAGCUACGCGCGUGGCACAGGUAGAGACGGCAGUGUGGGCGAGGAGGGGGGUGUGGGCGACGUUGCGUUUAUGCCACGACCUGAUGCUGACACGUGUGCUGCUUUCAGUCACGAUGUGUGGAAGGCCAGUCGGGUCACGGCUCUCGCAGCACUCACCGCAGCCCUCGCAUGUGCCAGCCAAGGGGGCCGUGAGAGCGCUGCUGCUGCACUGCAGGGUGGCGGCGGGGACGACGCUGCUGUAGCUCUUGCAAAUGCACCAGAAACAACAGGGGCAACAGCAUCAGUGCGGGCAGCAGCAGGGUGGGAAGCGAGGGUACCGGCGCACAUGGUGGUUGCGGAUGACACCAUGCAUCUGCGCUCCAUGCGCCUGCAGCUGCUGCGACUCGCUCACUCAUAUGGUGCCACGUGUCUCAUCCUUCACGUCACCACGCCCCUAGACCAGUGCAUAUCCCGCAACGAGCACCGCCUUCCCACCGCCCGCCUGCCGCCCGCCGUUAUCCGCCGCACCGCCGCCCGCCUUGAGCCUCCCAGGGGGGUACCUGUGGUGACUGUGCGUGGGGGGGGGUUUGCGGAGGGAGCAGAAGAGGGAAGUGCGAACAAGCGGGGGGCAGAAGAGGGAAGUGCGAACAAGCGGGGGGCAGAAGAGGGAAGUGCGAACAAGCGGGGGGCAGAAGAGGGAAGUGCGAACAAGCGGGGGGCAGAAGAGGGAAGUGCGAACAAGCGGGGGGCAGAAGAGGGAAGUGCGAACAAGCGGGGGGCAGAAGAGGGAAGUGCGAACAAGCGGGGGGCAGAAGGCGGUCGUGGGCGAGAGCAGGAGGGCGGGCGAGAGGGAGGCAAUGGCACAGCUGCUGCUGCUGCUGAUUCUGGGGUGCUGUGUUGGUCGCGGCGGGGCGAGUGGGAGGCGGGGCGGUGUGUAGCGGUGGACUUGGGUGGCGUGGCUGUGGGGGAGGUUUCGGAUGUGAGUGCAAGGGCCCUUGAAGCCCUCUUCUCCGUCUGGCGCCGCUUCCUUCCCACUGCUAUCACCCAUGCCUCCCACAGCAGCGGCGCCACCACCAGCAGCAGCGCCAGCAGCACAAGCGGCAGCAGCAGGAGUGCAGUGCAUGCGUUUGACCUGCGGCUGAGGAAGCUCCUCUCAGAGGCCUUGAGGCAGUCGUCAGGUGCAGCGGCCCCGGCACACAAACGAAGGCAGCAGGCAGCAGCACUGAACGCGGCUCGUCGGUCCUUGCUGCAGCAGUUUAGCCGCCACGUGGAGUCAAGCAGAGAACUCGGAGCGAGAGCAGCACAUCCCCACGCUGCAGCAUCACACACGCGUGGCUCUUGGACACCAGUGCAUGAUGCCAUGCCGUCUCCAUGUCGCAACUGCAUGACAUCAGUGCGGGAUCCCAUGCCAUCCUUAUGUGGUGAAUCUGCAGUACCAUUACCUCAUGCCAAGCUGCCUGCAGCCCCACAAGCCAUGCCAGCAGCAGCAAUUACUUCACAACAACAGGGCGUUGGGAGCCGGCGCAAGAGUAACGAUGUAGAGGAUGGUAGUGAGUCGCCAUCGUUGAGGUUUGCGGACUCCGGCGACGAGUGCGACGAGUACGACGGUUGCGACGCGUGUGACGGCAGCAUGGCGUCGGAGGAGGGGCACACGGUGUAUCUGGGCGGGCUGCCCUUCGACAGCGACGAGGGUGCCAUCAAGAAGGUCUUCGAAGAGUUCGGCGAAGUCCUUUCCGCGAAGGUGAUAUACGACAGGGAGACGGGCAAGGCGAGGGGCUUCGGCUUCGUCACCUUCGCAUCGCCCAAGGCAGCUCAGGACGCCAUCAAGGCCAUGGACGGCGAGAUAGUGGACGGGCGGCCGAUCAAGGUGUCGGAGGUGCGCAGGCGGGGAGACGGGGGGUUCUUCCGCCAGUCCUCCUUCGAGCGAGACCGCGACCGGACCCGAGGUUUCCCUCCUGAACCUUUCCUCCCCCCUUGGCUCUUCUCUGCAGUGGUGUUGCUCGCCGCCCCUCCAUGUCCCCACCUCGCCGCUCCCGCUCCCCGCCAUCUCGCAUCCGCUGUAAGCCCCUCUCUCCCCGCAACCCUAAGUGAAUUCCCUCUCCCACCUCCUCCUACCGAUGCCCUCGUCUCUCUCACUUUCGCAUCUCUCCCUCACCCUCUUCACUCCCUCACCCUCUUCACUCCCUCACCCUCUUCACUCCCUCACCCUCUUCACUCCCUCGCCCUCUUCACUCCCUCGCCCUCUUCACUCCCUCGCCCUCUUCACUCCCUCGCCCUCUUCACUCCCUCACCCUCUUCACUCCCUCGCCCUCUUCACUCCCUCGCCCUCUUCACUCCCUCGCCCUCUUCACUCCCUCACCCUCUUCACUCCCUCACCCUCUUCACUCCCUCACCCUCUUCACUCCCUCACCCUCUUCACUCUCUCGCCCUCUUCUCUCCCUCGCCCUCUUCACUCCCUCACCCUCUUCACUCCCUCACCCUCUUCACUCCCUCACCCUCUUCACUCCCUCACCCUCUUCACUCUCUCACCCUCUUCACUCCCUCGCCCUCUUCACUCCCUCACCCUCUUCACUCCCUCACCCUCUUCACUCCCUCACCCUCUUCACUCCCUCACCCUCUUCACUCCCUCGCCCUCUUCACUCCCUCGCCCUCUUCACUCCCUCGCCCUCUUCACUCCCUCGCCCUCUUCACUCCCUCACCCUCUUCACUCCCUCGCCCUCUUCACUCCCUCGCCCUCUUCACUCCCUCGCCCUCUUCACUCCCUCACCCUCUUCACUCCCUCACCCUCUUCACUCCCUCACCCUCUUCACUCCCUCACCCUCUUCACUCUCUCGCCCUCUUCUCUCCCUCGCCCUCUUCUCUCCCUCGCCCUCUUCACUCCCUCGCCCUCUUCUCUCCCUCGCCCUCUUCACUCCCUCGCCCUCUUCACUCCCUCUCUCUCUCCUCGCUCUCUUCCCUCCCUCGCUCUCUUCACUGCCUCGCUCUCUUCACUCCCUUGCUCUCUUCACUCCCUCGCCUUCUUCACUCCUUCACUCUCCUCACUCCUUCACCCGCAGCUCUCCCAUGCCCUACCGCCCUGUCCUGUCGUCAUGCUACCCUUGAUCUCUCCAGACAGUUUCUCCCCCUACGGGGAUAUCUCACAUGCAUUGCCACAGCAACUCACACCCUCUCCAUCCUCUCGCCUCCAUCCCAUCUUCUUCAUCUCCUCGCACCUGUUUCCUUGCAUUCUUCCCGUCAUUUCUCCCUCCCCCUUCCCCUUGGAAGACCCUUCCGUUCUCAGCCUUAUUCCCGCGCAUCCUCCACUCCCCUUCGCUCUCCCCCUCCGCCCGCCCCCCUUCCUUCUCCCGCACCUCUCCCCCUUUGUCUGUCAGAUCGCAGUCGCAGCCCCCGAGGGGGCAGCCCCUAUGCUUCCCCCGACCACCCCCCUGCUGGGCGCAGCAAUGGGGGAGGGCCGGGGGGAGGGGGAGGUGGGAGGGGGCGGAGGGGAGGGGAGGAUGAGAUGGGGCGGGGGCGGGGGGAGGGGGAGUAUGAUGAGGACGAGCGCAUGCCGCCCGAGGCAUCUGGACACGUGGCGGUACGUCAUGGGCCCAUGGUGUUUGGACACGUGGCAUCAUCCCCCUUCCGGGAUCUUUCUUUUCUGCUGCUCGUGCCAUGGGGUCAGGGGGGCGAGUCGCUGGAUGCUCUGCGGGCGGCAGUGGAGCGAGCAAGGCGGGAGAAACAGAGCGUGGCAGCGCAGAUGCAGCAGCUGGAGCAGGCGCUACAGAGGGCCACGGCCACGGAAGUGAGCCUCAAGGAGCGAAUCAAGGUGCUGGAGGCGGGCAAGAAGCAGGUGGCUGCCGGGUACGAGGAAAAGGUGGCGCUGCACAGCAAGGCACUAGCAGCUGUGGCAAGAGUGCAAGAGGCACAGGAGACCCUUGCCGCGAGACAGAGGGAGUUGCAGCUGCACGCGCUGCAGCAGCAGCACCAGGGGCAGCAGGCAGGGGGACAGCAACAGGGGCAGGGGCAACAGCAGGGGCAGCAGGGGCAGCAGGGCAUGUAUGCAGCCUCGCCUGCAGGGUCGCAGCAGCAAGGGCUGGCACUGGGAGUGGUGCUGCCAGAACGGACCCCCAAGCUGCCCAUCCUGCUGCCGCUGCAGGCACAGCAGCAGGGGCAGCAGGCGUGA